GCACCAUCCAAACGUUAGGGGGCGACGGAGAUCUGAGCAUUUCCGGUAGGUUUAGGAGAAGAAGUAAGAAGCCGGAAGCAUUGACAAAUAAUCCCUCACUACGUGUCUGUAAACAUGGCUACUGGAGCGGAUCAGGCGGUCGGGAUGAGUCUGGUUCUGUUCAGCCUGCUGCUCUUCACGUAUUACACUGUUUGGGUCAUUGUUCUGCCGUUCGUCGACGCCCGCCACGUCCUUCAAGGAUAUUUUCUUCCUCGGGAAUAUUCGGUCAUCCUGCCUGGAGUCGCUGCAGUGCUGCUGUUGCUCUGCAUAGGAACCUUCACCGCCGUCAUCCUGUGGAAAAACCGCAAACCAAAGAAAACCGACUGAGUUCACGAAGUUCUGCGUUUCGUUUCGCUCUGGACUCUUUCUGAGGAACUCUGGCUCCCCCUAGCGGCCGUUCUGUCCCGAUGACGUAGGAGGCUGUGCCGCAGGAAUGACGUCACAGUUCAGGAAUGCAAAACUGAUUAUUGAAUGAGGAAAUCUGUAAAUAUUUUGUUGCCGUGGAAACAGUUUUCUAUAAAAAAAAUAAAUGUAGGAGUGAAUUUGUA